AUGCGUAGAACGCCUCCGUGGCGCCAUCCGGAGCAACUGCAGCCAGAGGGAAGCAAGGUGCCUGGUUUUCGAGAACAAAAACCCAACGCGACAAUGUCGGGAUUUGACAGCAACCCAUUCGCCGAACCCAUGGACGUGAAUCCCUUCCAGGAUGCUUCUGUCACUCAGGCCACCCGAGGAGCCUCUGAUGGCAUUCGGGAUUACAACCCAUUCUCCACUGAAUUGAAGGACCGCAGUGAGACCACCAUCCCCAUCUCAGCUGUUUCAUCUCAACCCGCCAUACUGCAAACCUCAGUGGAGCAGAGUUCACAAGCGUCUGCUGCGGCAGCUGCAGGUCAAGCUAAUCUGGUCAAGCAGCAAGAAGAGCUGGAGAGGAAGGCAGCAGAGUUGGAGAGAAAGGAGCAGGAACUUCAGAACAGGACACCCCAGAACACGGGGGUCAAAGAGAACAACUGGCCUCCCCUGCCCAAGUUUUUCCCUGUGAAGCCAUGCUUUUACCAAGACUUUGAGGCAGACAUCCCAGAAGAAUACCGACGGAUCUGUAAAAGAAUGUACUACCUGUGGAUGUUCCACAGUGUCACGCUGUUUCUCAACGUGCUGGCCUGCCUGGCCUACUUCACAGUGGACUCUCAGUAUGGCGUCGACUUUGGUCUGUCCAUCCUCUGGUUCCUCCUCUUCACCCCUGUUUCCUUCGUCUGCUGGUACAGACCCGUGUACAGAGCCUUCAGGUCUGACAGUUCCUUCAGCUUCUUUUUCUUCUUCUUUGUUUUUUUCUUCCAAGUGGCUGUGUACAUCAUUCAGACUGUGGGGAUCCCCAAGUGGGGCAACAGUGGCUGGAUUGCAUCCAUCAGCAUGAUCAACACCAACUUGGCUGUGGCCGUUGUCAUGAUGGUGGUGGCGGGCUUUUUCACCGUGAAUGCGAUCCUGGCAGUCAUGCUCCUCAAAAUGGUCCACUACAAGUACAGACGUACCGGAGCCAGCUUCACCAAGGCUCAACAGGAGUUCUCCAGCGGUGUCCUGACCAACAGAACCUUCCAGUCUGCUGCUACGACAGCUGCUCAGGGAGCUUUUAGCAGCAACUAAAGCGUUAGAUUGUGCCCUUUUUCCAAUGUGAUCUCACACUAGUUAUAUCCCUGGGGCACAGAUCAUAAUAAUUGGGGGAAAAAAAAGGAAAGAAAGAAAUAACUUGACCACAAUCAUGCUGCCACAUGGUUUUCGUUUGUGUCAAAUGUGCGAUAUACAGGGACCAUGGUCAAAAGCUGUAUAUGAAAAUGUGCAAGUCAAGACAUGGGUCUUGAAUGGUGUAUGAAUUGCACAUGCUUUGGAAUGCACUCUACGCCGAGUCCCUCAUCACUGUAUAGUGCAACAUGAGGCUGUUAUCAAACUAACAAAGCUGAAUUGGAGCAAAGAGACAGGACAAAUGACAUUACAUCACCACCCAAAAAAAGGACUUGAAUGUUUGGUAAUGUCAAAGUGCAGUUGGUAUGCUACUUUUGAAAGCCCUGUCAACUUCCUUUUGAGGUUUAGAUCCCGCAGAGUCCGAUUGGAUUUUUUUUCUUGUCACUUUUUUUUUUCUUUUCACCCUCACGACAGAACACACAUACCACAGAGAGCAACGGUGAAAAAGGUAUGCUUGAUGUGAAAUUGUUAAUUCUGGCCAUGUGCAAUGGAACCCUGAUAAAGAACAGGUUGGCUGCUGAAACCGAUGUGGUCCAAACGUGUGAAAACAGAUGGCCGAGGUCAAUUAUUUUCAUAGUCUCUGCCACCACAGCCUUGGAAGUACUGUUUCUCUGGGUGUAGGUUACUUGUUACUGCUGCCAUCUUUUAUGUUUUUUCUUGCAUAUACUCCUGAUAAGUAAUGAAGAAUAGGCCAUGAAGGAGUUGCUUUGCUCAAAUGAAGUGAGAAAAGUCACUGUUUACAGGCUGACAUUAAGUUGUGCCUGGAGCAGCUGGUUGAUACAUUUUGAUUUGUAAAGAGUUCCAUGCUUUGAUUGGAGCCUUAAAGGCCGUGGGGUGGUUUUAUUUAUUUCAUUGUUGCUGAGAGAAGGUAAACCAUAACUGAGAAAGUUGAUUAACGAGCAAAAGAACACAACAUUUAUGUGUCAAUUUUCUAGACACUGCUAAUUGUAUUACAAAUGGCACCGAUGUGAAACAAAAUCAAUGUUGAUAAUCAAUUCAGUCUGUUAAUUAUUAGCUUGUCGUUAAUAGUCGGUGUUUUUUAAACAUUGUAGUUGUAACAUAUGUGUGUGCUUUUCACCCCCUGCUUAGGGAAACAUUUUAUCCAAAUUAGCAUUCCUAAGUCUGGUGUAUGUGUCACUGGUUUGGCUUGACCUUUUACAAUUUCACGUUCAGUUUUUAAGUCAGCUUUACAAAUGUCGAAUCUUUUGUUGCAGUUGAUAACCACUUUCAAAUGUUCAAAUAGCCCCAAUCUGGGUUGAAGAUGAUAAAUAUGAAGGAUGCCUAAAAAUACUUAACCUUUUCCUUUGAAGAAUAGACAAGUUAUACUUGUGGGGAAAAGAAACAUGCUCUGCAAAGAAAAACCAAGUACGAGUAAGGGCCACAGAAUGCAGUUUAACUUAACUCUUCACUGUCUCUAUUAAGGCACUGUAAAUGAUUUUGUUGUGUGUCUGUGCCUGAAGCAGAUGUAAAGUUACAUACCUGUUUCCAUAGAUUUUUUUUUGGGGGGGGGGGUGUUGUCAUAUAACUUUUUCCUUCUCUUCGCUUACUAAAGAAAUUAUUUGUUCUUAAGAAUGUAUUAAGGUAUGUUGCAUGUAUUGGUAAAUUAUUUUGAUGUACAAUUAGGGUUUCUGAUGGAACAAUUGAUUAAAUAAAUCCCUCCUUAA